AUGUGUGUUUCCAAUCUCCCCUGCCCACCAAGUAGUGUUAUUGUGCAUUUGAUCACUGCAGUGCCAGUAGUCAGGUGCUCGGGAAUCCCUGUCAUAUCUGGCCAUGGAAAGCAAGGAGUGACAGUGCGGGCCAAGGCCAAGUCUCACUCUUCUCGUGUCGGACUGCAGUUCCCAGUCGGGUGGGUGCACCGGCUGCUGCGCAAGGGGAACUAUGAGGAGCGAGUGGGAGCUGGAGCCCCGGUGUACCUGGCCGCUGUGAUGGAGUAUCUGACCGCUGAGAUCUUGCAGCUGGCUGGCAACGCUGCCUGGGAUAACAAGAAAACCCGCAUCAUCCCUCGGCACUUGCACUUGGCCGUGCAGAACGACAAGGAGCUGAACAAGUUGCUGAGGGGAGUCACCAUUGCACAGGGUGAGGUCCUGCCCAACAUCCAGGCAGUGCUGCUGCCCAAGAAAACCAAGAGCCACAAAGCGAAGGGCAAGUGAGAGCGGAUGCCACCCCCCCCCCAAGACCACCACCUUCCUCUGAAAGAUCAACAAUUGGCCACAGCAGGAGACGGGACAGUGCUCUGAGCUUGUCCAUAGAAUCCUCUCUCUGGAUGCCUGGCUGCUGUGUCUUGCUCACAUGUGGGUCCGAUUAAUAAACAGAUUUGGGGAUGGGAAGGCAUUUCCUUACAGAUCAAAUAGGCAGGGACUUUGUAUGUGUGUGGGGGGGUUGGGGGGACACAGGGAAUUUAUCUUCCUCUGCAGCAUGGGGCAUGCAUCACCUACUCAAUUCCCUGCCAUUGCAGGGGACCUAGGCGUGGCACCUGGCUUUCUCCUGUUCUCUGCCAGUUUAGCAUCCUGAGGGCGGAUGUGCUUUGGUCUAACUGAAAUCAUCGGGCUCAACAUAGCACUAUCUGGGUGAAACUGACUAGCCCGUGCUUCACAGAAGGUCAGACGAGAUGAUCUGACAGCCCCUUAUAACAUUCAUAAACCAGUCGGAGAACACUUCAAUCUCUCUGGUCACGCAAUCACAGACAUGAAGGUCGCUAUCUUAAAACAAAAAAACUUCAAAUCCAGACUCCAGCGAGAAACUGCUGAAUUGGAAUUCAUUUGCAAAUUGGACACUAUUAAUUUAGGCUUAAAUAGAGACUGGGAGUGGCUAAGUCAUUAUGCAAGGUAGCCUA